GUCUUGUUCCAUCAUUCCCACAUGCGGCUUUAACAUCAUUUUCGUACGGGAACUAGUUUCCGAGUUUUUCGUGGAACUUUUUGCCCUUUAACGUGGCUCCCAGGCAAACGCCAGACACUUCCGAUGUGACAAAAAAGUUUAAACUGUAUUGCAACCCUCAGACCUGCCUUUUACUCCGCGGUUGUAAAACGGAUCAUGGCGACGGCUGCGGUUCCCUGUGCGUGGUUAAGAGGACGGAACAUUUUGUACAGAUAUUCUGUCAAAGUGCACCGAGCCGGCCGUCCACAAUGUCAAGCCAGAGUGCCUGGAAGCGUACAACACUCUAGAUGCAUUUGUGACGGUACAAUGGAGGCUACCCGGCCCUGACUGACUGCCUCAAGAAGUACAAGAAGAACAAGGUUGUUGACGCUAUUGUUUACAGUAUUUAGAGUUUUGAAAAGAGAGAGCAAAAAUGUUGAUCUCCAGACCAAACCAACUUCUCCUGGAGUUCAGUUUCUGGAAUGAACCUUUGCCGCGUCCAGGACCAAACAUCUAUGAGAUGCGUACAUACAACCUCAAGCCAGGGACCAUGAUUGAGUGGGGCAACCACUGGGCGAGAGCAAUCAGGUACCGCCAGGAGAACAACGAGGCCGUGGGUGGGUUCUUCUCACAGAUCGGGGACCUGUACGUCGUUCAUCACCUGUGGGUGUAUGAGAAUCUUCAGUCCAGAGAAGAAACAAGGAAUUCUGCCUGGCUGAAGGAGGGAUGGGAUUCUAGCGUGUAUUAUACAGUGCCUCUGAUCAGGAGCAUGGAGUCCAGGAUAAUGAUUCCUACCAAGAGUUCACCAUUACAAUGAGAAAAAGACAGAAGCCAAAAAAAAAGGAGCAACAAA